UAUUCGUAAUCAUUCGUUGGAGACCAUUCGAGAUUGCGUGAUCGUGGAAUACAUUAGUCGAAUAUGCUAAUUGCGAAUAUCUACGAAUAAUAUGCUUAUUCAACAAAAUUUUUUUUCUUUAUACAAGUGGUCUUAAAUUGAAAACAUGCAAAAUUGGUACUAUCGAGACGUCUGUACGAUAUAUCGAACUGGCACGUGCGUUAUAUAACCUCACACAGUGCAAGUCUUCGUAGAACUGCCGAUGAAUAAAACAUUCCGGUCCUUUUACUUUCGCGAAUUUGAGAUUCUAAAUAAAAGCAAAGAUACAACGAAGCAAAAUAUUUCUGAUAUCGUCAAGGAGCAAUUGAAGUCGAAGAUUUCAUCAUCGAAAAUUGUUUACCGAAAGACACGUGGAUGACACGAAAUUCUACAGUAAAUUAUAUAUUUUACGCGUAUAGGUUACAAAGAUAACCUAUAAACCUUUAAGGAAAAAAAUGAAGUGAUAUCAGGAAAGGGAGAAUAGCGUGUUCCAGAAACUGCCAAGUGAUUCCAUGACCAACAACCAGAAACAUUUGUUAAGUGUGUAAGAUAAUUUAAGCAAACAUAGAGAACGGUCAAGAAUACAGUCCUUUGAGACAAGAAGACAAAAUGCUGACUCAACGACUGAGUAAUCGGAGAUUACUAGUUGAUUUCCUCGCAUUGAUGUUUGGUUUGGGUGCUUGGAUCGGUGUGAAUGGUAUUUAUGUGCAACUGCCCCUCAUAGUGCACACUGCUCCAGAAAAAUGGAGUCUACCUGCACAUAUGGUGAUACUAGUGCAAUUUGCCAAUUUAGGACCCAUAUUAUACACUUUGUACAUAAAAUAUACUGCUUGGGCAUAUGACAGAUACAUUAUUUAUGCCUUGAUGGCUGCAGGAGCAUGUUCCUGUAUUGCAUUGAGUCAACUGCACGAUUAUACUUCGUAUGUGUUUGGCAAGAAUCAUUCAACUGCCCUGCUGUCAUUGAUGUUUGUAACAGCCCUCGUUGGAUGUACAAGCUCUGUGCUUUUUAUACCAUAUAUGAGGUACUAUCGUGAAAUUUACCUAGUAUCUUACUUGGUCGGCGAGGGAUUGAGCGGAUUCGUGCCGAGCAUAGUUGCGUUGAUUCAAGGUGUCGGUAAUCCUGAAUGCGUAAAUGUUACUAAGCCAGACUCAAGCAAUUUGGAGUUUGCUGUUGUUCAAUCAGAUCCGAGAUUUUCUUCCGAGAUAUUUUUUGCCUUUAUUGGUAUUCUACUCUGCUUGAGUUUUCUCUCAUUCUUAGGCUUAAAUAUAUUGCCGAUAGCACGCGGAGAGAGAGUUAGACUUCCUAGCAGUAUGGAAAUGUUGCCGACCGACACGACGGCACCGCCGAGCUACAAAACUAAUUCCGGGUGGAAGAUGCCGAAACAUACUUAUUACUAUUUGUUAGUCAUGUUAGGCGUAGUCUGUUUUCUCGGCAAUGGUACUUUACCGAGUAUACAAUCGUAUUCUUGUUUACCAUAUGGCAAUGUGGCAUAUCAUUUGACUGUCACGUUAGCUGCCACAGCUGGUCCAUUAGCUAUGUCCUUAGGUUUCUUUGUAAAAAUGCCCUCGGUUAAACUUCUUAAUUAUCUUAUGGCAAUCAUGUUAACACUUUCCAGUGUUGUUUUAUAUCUAGCCGCGAAAUCGCCUCAUCCUCCUUUCCAACAUUCAUGGGUGGGUGAAAUGAUGGUAGUUAUUAUAUGGAUACUGCUUUGUGGUCUCAUAGGAUUCGUAAAAAUGGGUAUUACUACGUUAUAUCGGCCGGAUCCUGGAAGAGGUCUUUACUAUACUGGCGUAGCGACGCAGAUUGGAUCUUUGAUAGGUGCAAUAACCACGUUUGGUUUAGUCAAUUAUGCAAAAGUAUUUCAGUCUUAUUCUCCUUGUGCAUCUUUUACAGGAGAUUAACAUAUCUUGUACUUAGUCUUCUCAAUUAUUAGCAUUGAUAAUAUUGAUGAAUCAAUAUUCUCUGCAGUUACAAGGAUUAUUGGCUGUUUGAUAACAAGUUUUAGUUCCUAUUAUAAAGUUCUAUACAAAUCACGAAAUGAAGUAUAUAAUUAUGAUUUCUAUUUUUAUUUUAGAAAAACAUUUACUUAUUAUUGAUUUUUAACGUAUUAAUUUGUUAGUGCAUUAUUAUAGAACUUAUACUAGUUACUAAAUUGUGAUUAUGAAUUAGUGCUAGUACUAGUACUUCCAGUUUUAUGGAAAUAGAAAUCAAUCUAUUAUAUUUUUUAAAUUUGUUUCAGGGAUUAAACGU